CGUUGACCAAGAGUAGAAACAAAAGUCUAUCUACAGACACAACAACAAGCAUUACAUGCUCACAAACCAAGAGCACCUAGAGGCGUUUUACCCUGCCCGGCCUCGAAGUAAAAGAUCAACACAGCAAGCAUCGCCAACCUAGAGUGAUUAAUCUCCGCCACUUUCAACCUCUCCAGCUUCUCGAAAUCUCAGAUCUCUGACCAAUUAGAAGUCAGAAGCAACUUCACCAUAAUCCACAUCACUCGCACUUGUUGUCUUCUACUUGCCAACUCAAUAUUUUCAUUUUUUUCUUAAUUAUCUAGUCUAAUUUAUGGAGGAAAAAAAUGGAAAUAAUGCUUGGAGACUUUCUUUUAGAGGCAAGUGCAACUAGUAACCUUAUCCUGAUUAUAUAAACUUAUUGAAAUAGCAAAAUCACAGCCAGAGAUUUUGUAGUACUGUUGAAGCAGGAGAACAUCUUCCAACACGGAUCAUGGAACCAAAUCUGUCUAGGGCUUUUAUGGUUUCGAGUAGGACUACGGCCGAACUUGAACUUGAACAUGAACUUGAAGGAAUAGUUGAUGUGUUUCAUCGGUAUUCCAUUACAGCUUCUAAUCUCAUCGGCCCGGAAGGAAAAGAGGAACUUUGCUCCGAUUUGGAUGUCUCUCAUAUCGAUAUCAGAAUCUUGAUGCUUGCUUGGAAAAUGAAAGCUGAGAAACAAGGUUACUUCACACAGGAGGAGUGGACAAGAGGCCUUGUGGCUUUAAGAGCUGAUACACUCGAUAACCUGAAGAAAGCCCUUCCCGAGCUCGAGAAAGAGGUCAGGAGUCCAUCAAAUUUUGCAGAUUUCUAUGCUUACGCCUUUACCUAUUCUUUAACAGAGGAAAAACAGGGAAGCAUUGACAUAGAGACUAUAUGUCAACUCCUAGAUAUGGUCAUGUGAUCUACAUUCCGACCCCAAGUUGAUUAAUUUGUCGAGUUUUUAAAGAUCCAAAACGAGUACAAAGUCAUAAACAUGGAUCAAUGGAUGGGCUUUUACAGGUUCUGCAAUGAGUUAAGUUUCCCGGAGAUGACGGAAUACAAUCCAGAGCUUGCAUGGCCAUUGCUUCUCAACAAUUUUGUUGAGUGGGUUCGCAAAAAACAAGCCUGAAAGGAGCUUAUCAUCUUUACGAGUACUUGAGAUCAUUGGGCUCAAACAAACAGAUUCAGCAAAAAAAUUAUUCCAGUUCUCAUCCUUCAAAACCUUUUAUCAGUAAAAACACAAUAUAUGAUUGUUGUUUGAAAUAUUAUAUCCAGUUGUAUUAUUAUCCAGUGUUGAGAAUUGGCUUAAUGUGACAGGGAGAGAGUUUGCUUGCUGUACACAAAAUACUAUAUUUUUCAUCUUUAGAUUCUUUUUUCUUGUAACA